AUGGCCGAGAAUUGGAAGAACUGCUUCGAAGAGGAGCUCAUCUGCCCCAUUUGCCUGCACGUCUUCGUGGAGCCGGUCCAGCUGCCCUGCAAGCACAACUUCUGCCGGGGCUGCAUCGGGGAGGCGUGGGCCAAGGAGUCGGGCUUGGUGCGGUGCCCGGAGUGCAACCAGGCCUACAACCAGAAGCCCAACCUGGAGAAGAACCUGAAGCUCACCAACAUCGUGGAGAAGUUCAACUCCCUCAACCUGGAGAAGCCCCCCUCUGUCUUGCACUGCGUCUUUUGCCGCCGGGGCUGCCGCCUGUCCCACUGCUGGGCGGAGCAGGUGGCCGUCUGCCAGUUCUGCUGCUACUACAGCGGGGCCCACCAGGGACACUCGGUCUGCGACGUGGAGAUCCGCCGCAAUGAGAUCAGGAAGAUGCUGAUGAAGCAGCAGGACCGCCUGGAGGAGCGGGAGCAAGACAUCGAAGAGCAGCUUUACAAGCUGGAAUCGGACAAGCGGCUGGUCGAGGAGAAGGUGAGCCAGCUGAAGGACGAGGUGCGCCUGCAGUACGAGAAGAUGCACCAGAUCUUGGAUGAGGACUUGCGGAAGACCAUGGAGAUCCUGGACAAGGCCCAGGCCAAGUUCUGCAACGAGAACGCGGCCCAGGUCCUCCACCUCAACGAGCGCAUGCAGGAGGCCAAGAAGCUUCUCAGCUCUGUCCAGGUCAUGUUCGACAAAACCGAGGACAUCAACUUCAUGAAGAACACCAAGUCUGUGAAAAUCUUAAUGGACAGGACCCAGAACUGUACAGGUGGCAGCCUGCCCCCACCCAAAAUCGGCCACCUCAACUCCAAGCUCUUCCUGAAUGAGAUCGCCAAGAAGGAGAAGCAGCUCAGGAAGUUGCUGGAAGGUCCUCUGAGCACCCCCGUCCCCUUCCUGCAGAGCAUCCCCAUGUACCCCUGCACCGUCAGCAACUCCGGCGCGGAGCAG